AUGCAUAUAUCCCCCGAUGGCUCCCGUGAAGAAGCGUCGGAACAAGUUGUUCAAGUCAAGCAAGUCACCCGAAAGACGUCUGCUACAACACUCAACCCGCUUACGCCAAAUAGGCUGAACAUGGUUGCUCCAGUGGCCGACCGAACGUACGGUAUGACCGAGUUCAUCCUCGGCGACGUCCCAGACCACCUCAAGGCCACUUCCCUGGACAAGAUGGAAGCAAGCCUCGUCGAUAUUGCUGAGAGAUUCGAAAGAAUCUCGACGGAUCCUCUCGCAGGACAGAUACCUUCGGUGAUCCGUGGCGUCGAGCACACCACGUCCGUCGUUGCUAAGUUUCGAUGGGAGAGGGCCUACCAUGAAAAGCAUCCUGACCGCGGGAUCAAGGGAAUAAAUUUCAAAGACACCAACGCGUCCACCCUCGACCUCGUCGGCCUCACCCUGCACGUCCUCUGCGCCUCCGCCACUCCAACAACCGCCACCCUCCUCUCCACAAUAAAAUCCAACCUCGCCCAGCGCGAAAUCCUUGAAACUGUCGAAAACUACUGGGGUGAUUCCUUACGCGUGGACUCCAUGAUUGAAUGUCUGCCCUUCCAACUGAUGGUUCGAUCUGGCGGGCAGCUGCUCAGCUUCAGUAUGGUCUAUGAGCUUGAUAAGUUGUACGAGGAGCUCGAUCUGUUUUUCAAGGUCGCGCAUGGGCCUUUCACGAAGGAGUAUGAGGCCGACAACCCAGCGGUGAUCGAGUACUUCACGAGCGGGGUAGCGAGUGUCCAGGCCGAUGGGGUUGCGCACGAGGAAGCCACCGCAACGCAGGGAGAGGGACAGAAAAAGGUGUAUGCGGAUCGCAUAACGUGCUUUACGGGGGCGCUCGACUUUACCCGAGUUUACUUUGCUCAAGAAAAGGGCAAGGAGAUGCGGAAAGGGCUCGAAGAAAAGGAGAGCAACUCCUACCCUGAGAUACUCGACGAACUCUUAGAAGAGCCGAUCUUCACGAAGCUCAGGGAGGAAGACGAUCCGUCCUUCAUGUUCGUCACAGAAUACAACGACACCGACCUCGAACAGGUCCUCCCCAGCGUUCUCGUCAAAGCAACCCUUCUCGCGGACAAAUUCGAGAAGAAACAAGUCACCUGGUGCUCCACCAGCGGCUUCGACUGGAUGUUCGGCGUUCUAGUCACCGAAGGCCCUACACAAGCACGAACGGCCUAUCGGACGGAUAUUCUCACUCUUGAUGGACUGAGAGGCGCGACAUCUAUUUUCUUGUCCUUGGCUUUCUGGGGAAUGACGCCAGCUCAGGAUAUCCUCGAUCUAUUCUCUAGCGCGUCGAACGAGCUGGUACAGCAGCCAGGUGAAAAGAACUGA